AUGCCUGUUCUUCGACGUGCUAAUGUGUCUAUUUUUAUUAAUAUUAAUGAUUUAAAUCGUAUUAGUUCGUCACCACUUUUUACUGAUCAUCGUCAUGUUGAUAUUCAUUUAGCUUUUAAUCUUAUCGAUUGUCCUCAAUACAUCAAAGUGAUACAAUAUAUUCCACGUGGUAAUCGUUUUCAUUCACGAGAAAUAGUCGAUGCAACAUUCGUUGUUAAUCGUUUCUCUGACAGAUCAAAAUGGAUUACUGAUGGCGAUCCUUUUAGCCAUGGUCAUCAAUAUCACCAUCAUAUGUGA